AUGACUAUGAUCUCCGGGGCUAGACUACAGAAGUCGCGCUACGAUGCUCGAGAUGUCACGUCGGCGCCCGCCCGCCGACCUGAUCUGAUGUCUCUGGCCUGCAGGACGCAGUCUGACGGUGAGCACGUAGUGAGACCAAGAAAACGUGUCCCAUCUUCGUGGACGGGAGAGCACACCGAGGACCCUCCGAGAUCUUCCCCGGGCCUUUGUGGUGCUCACAUCUCAAUAUUCACAAUAGGGGCUUCGACCAGGUCUUCCCGAUCCGUUAACCUCUGCGUCACCGUCUCGGCUCUUCUGCCCCCCUUGUAA